CGUCGUACAUACAGUACACAUCAGAUUCUUGUCUUUAAACUAUACUGUACAUAACAGCACUUUAAACUCGUACAGUAUUUUCUGUAGCUAUACGCCGGUGGAAAUACGCGCUGAGUACUGUACCUACUUCCAAGUUAGUACGUUGCACAUACGAUGCUGUACGCGACCCACGUACUCAUCGCGCUGACAGCGGCUGCGCCGGUGAUAUGCCGGGAUCUCGAGCAUUACCCAGAUGACGCUGCUGAUGAGCGCGAUAACUCUACUUUGCCGUGGUUAUCCAUACGGCGAACAAGUACGGCACAGCGAGUACUUCUUUCAACCGACUACGUCACCAGUUGCGCACAGCAUGUUGCACUCAACUCACGUACUGACAGUUUUGGCUGUGGUCGUGGCUGUGACAUGUCAAGAUUUCGAGUAUUAUCAAGGAGACGAUAUAGCGAACGAGCAGUCACUACACCGCGACAAGCGCGUCUACAAUUAUAAUCCCUCGUUCACCGUCUCGCCGGAAGAGUUUGCAACACGACCGAAACGUCCUUCGCUGCCAGAAGAGUGGACGACAGCUAGUUCGACGACACCCCAACCGGUGAUUGCCAACGGACGUUUCAUGAUCACGGCUAACUGCGAAUGCGUCAAGUGCCAGUUGGGCUGAAUUGCAACAAACCUUGUAUUGCUACCGUAGAUUACGGGAGUAUGGAAGGAGUUAAUAAAUGUUUUUACGGUGUUGAUGGAAAUUUUUCGGGUGGCUCAUACUGACACUGACACGAUGUGGAAUUUAGAAUUUUAUUCGUUUUAUGGAGUGAUAUUUUAGGCUGCUGCAGUGAUUUGAUAGGAACAAUAAACUGCUGGUUGUGCACAACCACACCAGA